AUUUAUCAAAGUUAAUUUUUUUUUUCAACUUAUUUAAAAUUCUUUUAGAAUAUUAUUUGUUUAUUGACAUGAAAUAUUAAUCAGUUAGCUUUAUUUGAAACAAUCAAUGAAGAAAUUAUGAACAUCAUUUUUAAAAUUAUUUAGUGUUGAAUAUAUUAUUUCAAAAUGAGAGUCAUUGGCUUAAUUAGUGGCGGAAAAGAUAGCAUUUAUAAUAUUAUGCAAUGUGUCGCAGCUGGACACGAAAUUGUGGGAUUAGCUAAUAUGGAGCCACCUCCCAAUAAAGAUGAAUUGGAUAGUUAUAUGUAUCAAACAGUUGGUCAUGAAGGCAUUAUUCAAAUAGCGCGAUCGAUAGGGUUACCAUUAAUACGAUAUGUAACCGAAGGUAAAGCUAAAACACAUGAAAAAGACUACGUACCGUCUGAAAAUGAUGAGGUCGAAGAUUUAUUUAAAUUACUUCAGCAUAUUAAAACAACUAUAGAAUUUGAUGCUGUUGCUGUGGGUGCUAUUUUAUCCGACUACCAACGUAUUCGCGUUGAAAAUGUAUGUUCCAGAUUAAAUUUAGUAACAUUAGCAUAUUUAUGGCGACGAAACCAAACUGAAUUACUCAAUGAAAUGAUUGAUUGUGGUAUUCGAGCAGUUAUUGUUAAAGUUGCCUCUUUAGGAUUAGAACCAACCAAACAUUUAGGUGUUCCAUUAUCUGUGAUGCGACCACAUUUAUUACGAAUGCAUGAAAAAUAUGGUCUACAUGUGUGUGGAGAGGGUGGCGAAUAUGAAACAUUUACAAUGGAUUGUCCACUAUAUUCAAGCACUAUUGUUGUUGAUGAAUCAGAAACAAUUAUCCAUUCAAAUGAUGCCAUUGCUCCCGUAGGAUAUAUGUAUUUUAAAAAAAUUCGUUUAGUUCCUAAAAACAACCAAGCCGAAAAUUUAAAUAAUGAAGAAAUUAUUAACGACCUACCAAAUCGUAUCGCUCCUUUUAAUGUAAAAACUCCAUUAUCAUUCGUUGAGGAUAUUACUAAUGAUAAUAGUGUGGAAUUAAAUGAUGAUUCCGAUGAUGAAAAUAACGAAAAUCUUCAAACAGAAUUAAUAUCAACGUCACAUGUACCAAAUUAUGGCAAGACACCUGGAGGAUGGUUAUGGUUGGGUGAUUUAGUUGGUGAAUCAGAAGAUAUUACGGUAGCAAUGGCACAAGCAUUGGAAAAAUUACAGUCUUGUAUUCAUGAAGCUGGUUAUAAAAUCCAAGAUGUUUGUGCCGUAACGAUGUACAUCAGUGAUAUGACUCAGUUUAAAGCGUUGAAUGAAGUGUAUCGUAGAACAUUUAAAUAUUCGAAUCCUCCGACUAGAGUAUGCGUCCAGUGUCCAUUAAAUAGAAACACACCUAUACUAUUGGAUGCGUUGGCGUAUUCCAAAAAAUUAUGUGUUGCACAAACAAACGUAAAUGUAGAAGAAUCAAAUGGAUCCGGCGAUGAGAAAGUGACAUGCCCCGCACGAAUCACAAUGCAUGUGCAAGGUAUAUCACAUUGGGCACCAGCGAAUAUUGGGCCAUAUAGUCAAGCGGUUCAAGUUGGUGAAAUAUUUCGCGUUGCUGGUCAAAUUGGUAUGGUUCCAGGAACGUUAGAUUUGAUUGAGGGAGGUGUAUUAAAACAGUGUCGAUUAUCACUACGACAUAUUGGUCGUAUUGCAGCUGCACUCGAUCCAAAUAUGCAGAUACGGGAUGUUGUACAAGGUGUUUGUUACGUAACGAAAUCUAAAUAUAUUCAAAUUGCCCGAGAAGAAUGGGAGAAUCAGACAAAUAAUGCGAUUGUUGAUUAUGUUGUGGUCUCAUCCUUACCAAAAUCAGCGAAAAUUGAAUGGCAUUUAUGGGCACAUAAGUACAACAAUCAAUUUGAAUAUCAAGAGACUGGUGAAUGCAUUGAUAAUUAUUUAUUAUCGAUACGGCGUCGAUUUAACUAUGAAAAUAAUGUAGCAGCAAUUGUGUGCCAUAUAGAACAUCGUAAUCGUGAACAAGAUUCAUUUUUACCAGAAGGUUGUUUAUCUUCACGAUUAAUAAUCGCUACUAUUGAGUAUGCUUUAAAGAAAUUAAAUCAAGAUUAUGUACCUAAUACCGAUUUAUCUGGUACCGUCGAUUCUGACCAACAUCCACUUUGUAAUUUACGAUUUUUCUACCCAAUUAAUAAUAAAAAUAUUGAUGUAAUUGAAUUACAUCAAAUAUUAAUUGAUAAUCGAUUAAAAUAUAAUAUUGUAUUCACAAUUAUACCAGUCUUACAAUUACAAUCGGAAAAUAUUUUGUUAUCGAUUUGUGGAGUACGAUAUGAGUAAUGUAAAAU